AUACUCAUCCAGCUGACUUCCACUCUGAUGGAGAAGAUGAAAGCCCAGGACCUGCUGCUCAGCCUGCGGCUGCCAGAGGUGGGCGAACUGGGCCAGCUCCUGCGCUCACUCCCCACAUCCACGCUGGUGGGUCUGGGAGCACUCACUGCCAUACUGGCUUACUGGCUGGCCACACGUCCCCGCGCCAUCACGCCUCCCUGUGAUCUCCACCAUCAGUCAGAGGAGGUGCAGGAUGGUGCUCGUAGAUCGAUGUUAGGGGGCAGUCCCGAGCUGCUGACUCAUUACCAUGACGACGCGAGGACUUUGUAUGAGGUGUUCCAGAGAGGUCUGCACAUAACCGGUGACGGGCCGUGUUUAGGUUCCAGGCUGCCAAAUCAGCCCUAUGAGUGGCUGUCAUAUAAAGAGGUCGCAACCCGGGCAGAGAACCUGGGCUCAGGUUUACUGUACCAGGGCUGCCAGCCUACCCCUGACCAGUUCAUCGGAGUUUUUGCACAGAACAGACCAGAGUGGAUUAUCUCAGAGUUGGCUUGUUACACAUACUCUAUGGUGGUAGUGCCUCUGUAUGACACUCUGGGUCCUGAUGCUAUUCGCUACAUUAUUAACACCGCGGACAUCUCCACGGUGAUCUGCGAUAAGGCGGAGAAGGCCCAGGUCCUGCUGGAGAAUGUGGAGAAGAAGGAGACCCCGGGGCUGAAGAGGAUCAUCCUCAUGGACCCCUUUGACUCUCUGCUGGUGGAGAAGGGCCAGAUGUGUGGUGUGCAGGUGCAGGCGCUGAAAGAUGUGGAGGCUUUGGGGAAGGAUCACCAUAGAAACCCUGUGCCACCUCGUCCAGAUGACAUUUCAAUCGUGUGUUUCACCAGUGGGACCACAGGAAACCCAAAGGGCGUGAUGCUGACCCAUGGAAAUGUGGUGGCUGAUUUCUCUGGUUUCCUGAAAGUGACUGAUAAAGUCAUAUGUCCCAAUCAAGACGAUGUGCUCAUAUCAUACCUUCCCCUGGCUCACAUGUUUGAGAGACUCAUUGAGUGCGUGGUGUAUUGUCAUGGUGGGAGAAUCGGCUUUUUCCAGGGAGAUAUCCGGCUGCUCUCCGACGACAUGAAGGUUCUGAGACCCACCAUAUUUCCCGUGGUACCCCGUCUGCUAAAUCGGAUGUAUGACAAAAUCUUCACCCAGGCAAACACCCCCCUGAAGCGCUGGUUGCUGAACUUUGCGGCCAAGAGGAAAGGGGCAGAGGUCAGCAGCGGGGUCAUCCGGAGUGACAGCAUAUGGGACAAGAUCUUCUUCAGUAGGAUACAGGCCAGUUUAGGUGGACGCUUGCGCAUGAUCAUCACCGGAGCAGCUCCUGCAUCGCCAGCUGUACUGGGUUUCUUACGUGCUGCUCUCGGAUGUCAGGUCUAUGAAGCAUAUGGCCAAACAGAAUGUACGGCUGGCUGCACAUACACCACUCCUGGAGACUGGACCUCAGGCCAUGUAGGAGCACCACUGCCUUGUAAUCUAAUUAAACUUGUGGAUGUGGCUGAAAAAAACUACUUUGCCUCCAAAGGAGAGGGUGAGAUCUGUGUGAAGGGUCCGAACGUUUUUAAGGGUUACCUCAAAGACCCGGAGAGGACAGCCGAGACUCUGGAUCCGGAUGGUUGGCUGCACACAGGAGAUAUUGGGAAAUGGUUACCAAAUGGCACUUUGAAGAUCAUCGACAGGAAGAAGCAUAUCUUCAAGCUGGCGCAGGGAGAAUACAUCUCUCCAGAGAAGAUCGAGAACAUCUACAUUCGCAGUGAACCUGUCUCCCAGCUGUAUGUUCAUGGAGACAGUCUGCAGUCCUGCCUGGUGGGAAUUGUAGUUCCAGAUCCUGAAGUUCUCCCUUCCUGGGCCCAGAAAAAAGGCUUUGAAGGCUGCUACAAAGACCUGUGUAAAAAUAUGGAGCUAAAGAAAGCUAUCAUGGAGGACAUGGUGCGUCUUGGUAAAGCCAGUGGCCUGCACUCGUUUGAACAGGUCAAAGAUAUCUACAUUCAUGACGAAAUGUUCUCCAUACAAAAUGGCCUGCUGACUCCGACGUUAAAGUCCAAGAGGCCAGAGCUGAGGGAGUUCUUCAAGGAGGAGAUCGACCAAAUGUACAGCAACAUUUCCAUGUAACAUUCCCACACCACUGAGUAAACGCCGCUGAGUUCCAGGACCUUCAACAAUAUUAUCGUCCACUAACCACCUGUCUUCAACUCUCAUCUCAAAAUUAGUUGACUGAAAACACGCGAAAAAAUACAACCUGUGGAGAAGAAGAAGACGAAGCUCUGUCUGGACAAGUCUCUCUCUCUCUCUUUCUCUCUCUCUCUCUCUCUCUCUCUGUUCACUGAAUGAGAACUUCUCUUCUAAAAAACAAACCCACCCACCCCAGUGGGUCUUCAGUGUUCAGUGUGCCUUUGGAAAGCAGCAGAGCUAAAACCAAAAUUGACCCUGAACAAACUGCAGCAGCCCAGCCUCCAGCCACAGUCUCCUCAGAAUGACAAUAAGAAUCCAGCACAGUACUUUAGCUCUCCUACAGUUUCAAGGUCAUUUUUCCCAAGGGUUAAGAAGGAUUACAAAGCAAUGAUACUUAAAAACAAACAAAAAACCAGCAUGUUCAGAACAAGGGAAAUGCAUGCUCUGUAGCCAGGACAACCUGGGGCUGGUUUUUUUCUUGGGAAAAGUUCUCUUACACAAACACACACACACAUACACACACACACGCACACACACAGGUCAUAUUAUUUAUGUUCCCAAGGCUUUCUUAUGUAGUCCAGACUGAUCAGCCCUGACCAGUGACUACAGUGAACUUGCCACGAACUGAAAUUUUAAGUUAAUUUCAAUAAAUGGCUUCUUGAUUUCAUUCCAAAGUAUCACAGAGAUAGUGUACAUAAUACUAAGGACAAUUAGAUGUAAUCAUAUUUAGGCAAUGGAUUGAAUGAAUUUCCUUUGGGUUUUUUUGUUUGUUUGUUUUCUAUUAUUUUUUCUCUUUUUAGCGUGUAGUGAAGAAAAUUGUAGUCUUAUUUAAUCAGCUGUUCAAUGAUAUCAGCAUCAUAUCUUUGAAAUGAAUGAACACAGCAAUAGGGAUUGUGAAUGGGGAUGGAGGCAAUUGACAAUAAAAAAUACUCCUGAUAAA